GUGUCGAAGCAGAUUAGAAUUCCCCGAUAGAGCCCGAGAGGGUUUUAGGUGUCUAUUUCCACCAACCGUCGCUUCCUUUCGUUGCUCGUCGACCUGACAGACGCAGAGAGAGAGAAGGAGGCUUUGUGGAUCGUCGGCGACGAAGCAAAGAAGCUGACAUGGCCGCUCCCGAAGCUCCUCUCUGCUAUGUCGGCGUCGCCAGAGAUUCCGCCGCUUUCCGCCUCAUGAAGCAAAUGGGUUGGGAAGAAGGAGAAGGGCUUGGCAAAGACAAGCAAGGAAUCAAAGGAUAUGUUAGAGUCAAAAACAAACAAGACACUACUGGUAUUGGUACCGAGAAGCCGAACAAUUGGGCAUUUGACACAACCCAGUUUGAUAGUAUCCUCAAAAGAUUGAAAGUGCAAGCAGCUAAACCUGCCAAUGAAGUUGAGGAGAAGAAUACCACUCAAGUAGAAAUUGAAACUGGUCAUGUUCUGGAUCCAGUUGUGAAGGUUACUCGACCACAGGGAAGAUAUAAGAAAAGAGAGAAUGGGAAGCGUGUCCAUGCAUAUUCAUCAAAGGAUCUCGAAGGAAUCCUUGUAAAAAAGGUUGAGGAGUCUACUGUGGCAAGUCCUAGUUCCGAUGGCCCAAUGGAGUCCAAGAAGGCAUCUGCAAGUCAAGUUUCCUUUUCUGUAGAAAACACACUUGAAGAUUUGCCUCCAGAUUGGUGGGGCUAUAAAUAUGGGUUUGUCUCUGGCGGUUUGCUUGGAGCGGAAUCUAGAAAAAGGUUGAAAAACGAAAAUGCUCAAAGUCGUAAAGAGAGAACUGUAUUUCAUGAGCAGGAUCAAGAGAAUCUUUACAAUCUUGUUCAAGAUAAAUCCACAACUGGUAAGCAAGGACUGGGAAUUAAGGACCGACCAAAGAAAAUUGCUGGUUGCUACUUUCAAGGAAAGAAGACAUCAUUUAGUGACAGUGAAGACGAAGAUUCUGCUGGUCGUGGUUCGGCAAAUGAAAUGCCUGAUGAAUCUUUAGAAAUGGAAAGGAUUGAUGAACCUAAAGUGAAAUUGAAAAAGCUCUGCAAACGGCUUCUGCGUAAGGUACCUGGAGAGUCAAUGAAGCUCAAAGAUCUCAAAGUUUUGAUUGAGGAACAUUCAUCUUCUGUUUUUUCUGACUUUUCUUCAAAGAGAGACGCUAUUGCUUACUUGAAACGAAAGCUUUGACAAUAUUGCUUGUGUCUGCAGCUGAUAGGCAGUAAAAGGUUUGUAGUGGAAGGAAAAAAAGUAAGUCUCGCGCAUUGAGGGGCUGAAGAAUUUUGCUAGAAAUAGUAAGAUGCUAUUUUAUAUUGUUUUGUGGAAUUUUGAUAAGUCUGUAUCGCAAUCUGUACAUUGCUGCUGAGUGUAAUUUAUAAUCAAGCCUAGGUCAUAUAGCGUUGCGAAGGUUUCUCGAUAGUAUAUUCAAUUGUUUACCUCAUUACAAUAUCGUGCCAAUUCCUGGAUGGGACUAUUGUGAACCAUACUACUUUUAGCUAUUCUUUAUACUGAUUUAUGGAUAUUUUGGUUUCAUAUA